GGCCAAUAUGAGCCUCACUUCGCUGCAGUCGGCGGCGCAGCUCGGUCUGCUGCCUCGCUGCACCCGAACGCACAUUCACGGUGCUGCCCGGAGAAUUAGUAAUGUUUUUUAUUUGGAACAUUUCCAGGUUUAGCCCGAUAGGCGUUGCCUGAUACCUACCGUACGAAGUGUACGCCGAAUUUCUUCCUUCAGCAGCUUUUGUGAGAUGUUCUGCAUUUGCCAUGGCAAGAGGUCUGUUUCCACUGGGGUUCUUCAAAAAGCCUCUGUACAUCCAGGUUGACAGACCACAUGCUGAGCACAUAUCAUUAAUAAUGAUCCAAAGAUUUUAGCCAAAGUGAUCCACAGAAGUAAGAGAAGUGCCACUGUUUCCAGGUAGUCUAGGCAUCCCGCCUUUCAGAUGACACUGAAUGUUCAGGCCAGAUUUUCCUACCUACAUAUGAAGUACCUGUUCUUUUCCUGGCUGGCAGUGUUGGUGGGGAGCUGGAUCGUGUAUGUAGAGUACUCAUCCUACACAGAGCUGUGUCGUGGGCACGACUGCAAAAAUUCAAUAUGCGACAAGUACAGACAGGGAGUCAUUGACGGCUCGGCCUGCAGCAGCCUGUGUGAGAAAGACACGCUUUACCUGGGGAAGUGCUUCACUGCCAAGCCCAACAGCCAGGUGUACUCUGGCAGCUGGGGAGACCUGGAAGGAGUCAUUAAGUGCCAGAUGGACGAGACGCCUCACUAUGAUUUGGGCAGUGAGAUGGAGCCCAGGAAGGAGGCUGCGGCCUUCAACAAGCCCACCAAGGGGACCUCUGUGGAGAAGUUCAGGGAGAUGAUCCAAAACCACCUAAAGGCUAAAGUAGGGGAUCAGGCCAACCUUGCAGACCUGGCAACCCAAGUACUGUCUAUAACAGAUGCCAAUAAGGACGGUCACAUCUCUCUGCCCGAGGCUCGCUCCACGUGGGCCCUGUUGCAGCUCAAUGAAUUCCUGUUGGCAUUAGUCCUGCAAGACAGAGGGCACACGCCAAAGUUACUGGGCUUCUGUGGAGACCUCUAUGUGAUGGAGAAGGUGCCAUAUUCUCCGCUGUACGGCAUCAGCCUACCCUGGAUCGUCGAGGUGUGGAUUCCUGCCGGUCUGCGCCGCAGCAUGGACCAGUGGUUCACCCCCUCCUGGCCACACAAGGCCAAGAUCUCCAUCGGACUGCUGGAACUGGUCGAGGACGUUUUCCACGGCACUUUUGGCAGCUUCCUCAUGUGCGACGUGAGUGCCAUCAGUUUUGGCUACAACGAUCGCCAUGACCUGAAGGUGAUGGACGCACGGUACAUUGUUCCUGAAGCCAUCUUCCAAGAAGGCAUUAGGCAGCAGCGGUGCGAUGUGGACGAGGAUUGCCUCUACGGAGUGGACUGCCUCACUUCCUGUGACCUCACCAAGCACCGCUGCACGCCCGAGGUCACCAGGCCAAACUUAGCCAAAGCCUGCGAAGCGCUCAAGGACUACAUUCUGAGAGGUGCCCCGUCUGAUGUGAGGGAGGAGCUCGAGAAGCAGCUGUACGCUUGCAUUGCACUGAAAGGUUCAGCAGAACAGAUGGAAAUUGAGCACUCUCUAAUUCUGAACAAUCUCAAGACUUUGCUAUGGAAGAAGAUCUCUCAUACCAAAGACUCCUAAUAAAUAAGCACUACACAGAGGCACAAAGACCGAAUCCUGUCCCCUCAAGUUUUUAAAUACUUGUCACUGAAUGUCCUUCAUAUUUAAUCAUGUAAUAAACAUAAUGGAGCAAAA